AUGUCGUUCCCCAAAGUUCCCCCAAGCGGAGUCUGGGCUCCCGCCAUCACCUUCUUCGAUCAUAACACCGACACGCUUGAUACUGAGUCACAGGCCAAGUACUACUCCUACUUGUCAAAGACUGGCCUUGCGGGACUCGUCGUUCUCGGAACCAACGCAGAGACGUUUCUUCUCACCCGUGAAGAACGCAAGACUCUCCUAGAGACGGCUCGGCAAGCAUGCGGACCCUCUUACCCCAUCAUGGCCGGCGUGGGGGGCCACUCAACAAAGCAAGUUUUGGAGUUCAUCUCGGAUGCGGCUGAUGCUGGUGCCAACUACGUGUUGCUUCUACCUCCAGCAUACUUUGGCAAGCAAACGACACCAGAAGUUAUCAACAACUUCUUUGACGACGUUGCCAAGGAGAGUCAGCUCCCUAUCGUCAUCUACAAUUUUCCUGCAGUGUGCAAUGGUAUCGACCUCGACUCAGCAACAAUUUCCGCUCUGGCGAAGAAGCAUAGCAACAUUGUUGGCGUAAAGCUAACAUGCGGAGCUGUUGCCAAGAUCACACGACUCGCUGCUGAACUUCCGGCUGAUCGAUUCGCUACAUAUGGAGGACAGUCAGAUUUCCUCAUUGGAGGCCUUGCUGCUGGCUCCAUGGGCACCAUUGCCGGCUUCGCCAAUGUAUUUCCGAGAAUCAUUGUGCACAUCUAUAACCUGUAUCAGGAAGGCAAGUAUCAGGAAGCUAUGGAGUUGCACAAGAGGGCUGCGCUCGCUGAACAGCCCUGCAAGGCUGGCAUUGCGUCUGUCAAGUACGCGGCUUCUCUCAACACAGCGAAGGCGGCUGGUAUCAAGGGAGCUCAGGAGAAGCUGAAGCCUAGACGACCAUACAUUGAGCCUUCAGACUCUGCCAAGAAGGUGAUUGAGGCACAAAUUGCGGAUUUGGUGAGCAUUGAGGCGUCGCUGCAACCCAAUGCGACGAAUGGAAGCACCAAUGGGCACAGUAACGGUGUAACAAAUUAG